CCUCAUACCAUGACAUCUAACUGCUGUGUCACUACCACUGGUUCUCCGGGGACUGGCAAAAGCUGUACCAGAGCUGCCUCAGUCUGUUCCACUGGCAUGAGCUGCCGACCUGAGGCUUGCAUGUCCUACGUCUGCCAGCCCAUGGGCUAUGUGCCCAGUGUCUGCCUGCCUACCACCUACCGGACAACCAGCUGCCUCUCCAAGACCUACUUGUCAUCUUCCUGUCGACCAAGCAGCUGUCGUCCAUCCUGCUCUUUACCAGGAAGCUAUGGCAUCCCUUGUUCUGUGGGGGGCAGCAACUGGUACUGUGAUGGUGUCUUCAAUGGCAAUGAGAAGGAGACCAUGCAGUUCCUCAAUGACCGCCUGGCCAACUAUCUGGAGAAAGUGCGCCAGCUGGAACAAGAGAAUGCUAACCUGGAGAGUAAGAUUCAAGAAGCCUGCCAAUCUCAAAUGCCUACCAUGUGUCCUGAUUAUCAGGCUUAUUUCAGGACUAUUGAGGAACUCCAGCAGAAGGUUCUGUGCACCAAGGCAGAAAAUGCCAGGAUGGUUGUGCAGAUUGACAAUGCCAAGCUGGCUGCAGAUGAUUUCAGAACCAAGUAUGAGACAGAGGUUUCCCUGCGCCAACUGGUUGAGGCUGACAUCAAUGGUCUGCGGAGGAUCCUGGAUGAAAUGACUCUGUGCAAGGCUGACCUGGAGGCCCAGGUAGAGUCCCUGAAGGAGGAGUUGCUCUGCCUCAAGAAGAAUCAUGAAGAUGAAGUCAAUGCACUUCGCUGUCAACUUGGGGACCGGCUCAACAUUGCAGUGGAUGCAGCUCCUCCAGUUGACCUGAACAGGAUGCUGGAAGAGAUGAGAUGCCAGUAUGAGACUGUGGUAGAGAACAAUCGCAGAGAUGUGGAGGAAUGGUUCAAUGCUCAGAUGGAGGAACUUAACCAGCAAGUGACCACAAGCUCGGAGCAGCUCCAGAGCUACCAAUCAGACAUCAUUGAUCUGAGGCGUGCCAUUAAUGCUCUGGAGAUUGAACUGCAGGCCCAGCAUAGCAUGAGAGAUUCUCUGGAAAAUACUCUAAAUGAAACAGAAGCCCGGUACAGUUCCCAAUUGGCUCAGAUGCAGUGUAUGAUCACUAAUGUGGAGUCCCAGUUGGCUGACAUUCGCUGUGAUCUGGAGAGGCAGAACCAGGAGUAUAAAAUUCUCUUGGAUGUCAAGGCUCGCCUGGAGUGUGAGAUUGCCACAUAUCAAAGCCUUUUGGAGAGUGAAGACUGCAAACUUCCCUGUAAUCCAUGUACCACUCCCUCUUCCUGUACUCCAUGUGUACCCCGCACCAUCUGUGUACCCCGCACUGUCUGCGUGCCAUGCACGCCUUGCACCCCGAUGAGCCGGUACUGAAGUCUUCACUGAAAUAAAUGAGAAUUCAAGUUAGAUAAAAUUUUUGGUGUCUCUUGAGACCUCUGGCCAAUCAAGAUCAAUAAGGUAGCAUGCACAAUGCCUGGCAGAUGACUGAAGCUUCCUCAACGCGAUGUUAUCAUAUACCAAGUCUUUACCCUCCAAACUGUACAUUUUGUCUUUUCCUUGGUUGAAACAUGUUUCCAUCAGGGUGGUUUCCAUUUUCUUUGCUGUUUCAGAACUUCCAGAGAGAAGUUAGUUCCAGCUGCUAAUUGGUUAAUAAAGGAAGCUAUCUUCAGGGACUCAACAAAACCAAAUUUCUGUCUAAGUCAUUUGUACAGCUGUAUUCCUUGGGCAGAUUUGUGCCUUUGGAUCCCUAGGAAUGGGUUAGCAUAACUCCUGAUUUCAGCAAUUCACAUGUAUUUGGUGAGAAUUUACAAUGUGCCCCUAUAUCAGGUGCUGGGAAGAUAUGGGAUGGAGUGGGGGAGACAAAACAAAAAUGAUUUAUGAUUUUGGCUUACAGUAAGUUAUAAUAUAAAUACACAUGUAAAAAGACUUCAAACAAACUGAAAACCAAACACCAACAACCCCAAACAAAACAACAAAUAUUACAACAUAAAGUCAUAACUGUCAAGUCCUAAAUAAAUAACAUGGCAUGGUAGAAAGGAAUAUUCUAUCUCAAGUCAGCUGUAUAAUAGACUUCUUGUCUCUGUUUCAGUGUUUACUAGAGCAUGGGGUCUCAGUUUCUCUCUACAUAAAAUGAGGAUGUUGGACUAGAUCCAAGGACUCUUCCAGUUCUAAAUUUGAUCCAGAUGUAGAUGGGAUAAGAGGGCUGCAGAAGAAGCUGCUUGGAAUAUUCAGAGAAAGCUUUGGUGUAGAUAAGAUUUGAAGAGGUUGAAGAGAUGGAAAGUAGGAUUUUGACUUCAGAAUAAGAGCUAUUUCAGGUGGGGCAAUGGGCAUGAGAAAAGAUAUGUGAGGAGGAAAGAGCAAGGUAUUCUGGAUAAGAAAAUUAGUAUGGGUAGAGUGGAGAUCUUCUGUAGGGGAGUAAUCAAAGAUAAGCUUUGAAAGAUAGAUUGGGUGUGGUGAUUCAAGGCAAUUCUAAUAGACUAGUGAUGGAAAGUGCCACUUGGAUCCAGAGAGAGAACU